CUCGUAGUCAACGGUCGAUAAUCACUCUUAGUUAAGAGCUCAGCUAAUCCACAAUAUAUACACUGUCUAACCUCGCCAGAUCAGAGCACCAUCCUCCCGUUAAUCGAACCGAAAUACAGUAGUACUUGUCUUUCUCCGGCCAUGGCCACCGCCUCGGUCCUCAUCCUGCUCGCAUCGCUCCUCCCGGCGCUAGCCGCCGGAACCGAUUGCUGCUCGCCCGCCGCUGACUACGGCUUGGCCCUCACGCCCAGUCACGAGUGCGGCGUCGUCAUGCGCGGGGGCACGUACGACAUGGGCACGUACGCUCCGGGCAGCGCGUACGAGGCCUCCCUGCGCCAUCUCGUCACCACCAUUCCCGCCAAGGCGAACGCGGAAUCCAGCGGCUCCUGUUAUUACAGGGACUCCUACCGCGACGACGCCGGCGCGGACGGGCGCUUUUACGUCGACGACGCCGGCGCGUGCGGGCGCUCUUACGUCGACGACGCCGGCGAGAGCCCCAACCGGAUUGUAGCCUCCGCCGACUGCUCAUGGCACCCGGAUGCCAAGUCGCCGGACUGCGGCGCUUGCAUCGCGCUGGCCUUCCAGGAGGCGCAGAGGCUGUGCCCGUUCCAGAGGAUGGCCGAGGCCGCGGUUGACGGCGGCUCGUGCAACUGCAGCGCACACUUCCACGACUACGACAUCAUGGAGCAGUUCCAUCACGGUGACCUCAACAGUGAUCCUCGGUGGGCACCGGACCAGGUCAUGGGCAUUGUUGCAGAAAAUGAGGAGAACAACACGAGAAUGAGAUGGGCAUGCCGUAUCUUGGAGACAACAGUCAUGGAGAUCUUAGCAAACCUUGGGUGGAUAUCUAGUAGGAGAAUUUGUGCCUAGUUUUCUCUACAUGAUCAUGAACAAUCUGUGUUCUAUUUGGGCCAUUUAUUGGUUCUAUUAAAUCAGCUGGAGGCUGGAACUAUGUAAUAACGGGCGGUUGAGCAUAUGCAUUAUGGAGAAAACAUUCCCAUU